UAAUCUAUUGGGGUGAACAUUUCCAUACCUUUCCUUCUUUCUCUUGUGACUCGGCAUUGUUCUUGUGUUAUCGGGUCGCCCUAUAGAAGGGAUGCUGCUCUGCAGGAAACUCGCCAUAAAUACAUUGAGCUUCCCCACGUUCAAAGAUCUUUACACGGCAAUCUGAAUAUAUCAAGGGAGUUUCGCUCUGGUUAUUUUGUUGCUUCGUAACUUACACUGUGAUCUGAAGUCUCCCUCCCAUAGCCCUUGAAACUAUCCACCCCGCCUCACAAUCCACGACGCAUGUGCCACUAUAUCGUUAUCGACCGAAAGUGGUUAGUUUCUCCAUGACGAACGCCCGAACCAUCUACCCAGGAACACUCUCAGAUUCUUGCACUCAAGAUGCUUGCUCGACCCUAAUAUCCACCGUCGCCCUAAAUCAUGCUGAGGCGUAAAAUACCUCAUGGAGUGUGGCGUUUACCAUUGAAUGUGCGUGCGCUCUCACGUCGACAUGUUGCUAGCAGAGCUAAGCCGAAAGAAAGAGGCACAACGCACUGGAAGAACGUGGAAACGGUACCAGGUUCCCUUUCAAGCGUAAUCGCGGAGACGGCGAGGCGCAAUUCGGGUCCGGCGAACAAAACUGAGACUGCUCGUAUCGUGCCACAGAUAGUGAGCAGUAAACUUUGCGAUGAUGUUAUCGAUUACCAUGGGCAUACACUCGAAAAAUAUAAGGGCUGUGAUAUCAUUGACAUCAACCCCGGAGCAGGUGUCUGGACGUCCAAACUCCACGAAUUCCUCCAACCGCGAAGCCAUAUUCUCAUCGAACCAGAUAUCAAAAUCUUCGAACAAUUCCUCAAGCCGUUAUUGGACAAGCCUGGAUCGAAGUACAAACUGGCGCCGUACGAUCCAACUGUCUUCGAAUCGCUCAAUCAAUUGGUCAAAGAUGGGUAUCUACCUCACCAAAAGAUGCCUGAGCCCAACGACCCACAAGCAAAUGAAAUCAACAAUACCCUACUCGUGACGGGCACAAUUGCAUGGGAUCCAGUCCUGCCUGGCUUCGGAGUUAGCUCCAUGGCAAGACAAAUUCUAUAUAGCUAUACGGAAUUGGCAUGGCAAAAGCAAAUAUUCCACGCAUUCGGUCCUACAAGGAUGCUCCUUUGGCAUUUAGACGAAGACUCAAAAGUCAUAAAUCCGAAAUCGCUGAACCAGCUGGGCAGAGGUACUUUCACACUCAGAAAGUUUGCUGAGACGAGGGAAAUUGUAGCACCAGGGCCUAGGGAGAGAGGGUUUGGAAGAGAUGCUGUGGGGCGUGAGGCGCGUUACGAAAUCGAAGGUAUCGCGAAAACUAUGAAAGCCAUGGAAUCCAGAGGCACAUCGCUUCCCACGCACCGCAGGUCACUAGUUCACGAUAUUGUAGACGAUGUUAUCAAGAAAACAGAUGGUACUGCGAUCAUGACUGUGGGAGAAACUACAGAAUAUCUUCGAUUGCGAGCACUACAAGAUCUACCAAUCACAGGUCUUGUGACCAACCAUGCUGUCGAAUUAUUCAAGUUCGCCGACGUGAUCUGGCCCGGGGUGACAUUUGACAUGAAAUUACCAACAUCAAAAGCUCCAGCAAAACGAACGAAACAACCUCCCGUGUUACCCCCCCACAUAGAUCGAGCCGCUGGUCUUGAUCUGACGGUCCGGACGAGAUCAUUGAGAGGGCUGGAGCAGAAAAGGCAGAAAAAGGAUGCCGUAGUGGAUCUAGGAGAAGCAGUGUAUCAACUCGAAUGCCAAAUACUCAAGAUGGACGAUGGCAAUUCCAAGACGAAGGCACUUGAGAGAUUGAAAGGCCUCCAACAGAAAUUCGACCAGGCGCAUGCAGCCCUAGACGGUAAUUACCGGACUGGCGUAAAUACGGACCUGGAUGAUUGUAUGUCACUUAGAUCUGGGUUUCCCCGAAUUGACUGGGACAAGCGGACUAUGGAGCCUUUAGUGAUGCAACCCGACGAGUUCUGGCCCGCCAAUCGCAUGUCGCUUUCUGAUAUAGAGCCACUCCCUAAUUCGGAAGCUCUAUCACUUCAGGAUAUCCAAUAUUUCAUCGAUUUCAUUUACGGUCUGCUGAGUUCUAUAACGGCCGACCUUCCACAUGCUUUGGAAGAUCUGCAAUCUGGCGCCGGAGAUCUCAUCGAAGAGGUCCCCGCCCUUCGAGACCCUUCCCGAGGUGGGAGGUUAAGUAUGGACCGCUUUCGUGCUCGGUCGUUGACUAUGGAAAUGGCAACUGAGCUGUUUAAAGCUUAUAGGGAGUGGCCUUUCCGAAACCCAGACACUGACAUCAGCAAUUUCUUUAGGUCGAAGUCAAAUAAACCGGGGUCAGAAUUCACAUUUUAGAUCUCCCUAGCAAUUCUAAAGUGGAGUGCCCUUGGAGGCUUGUAACAAUAGUAAUUGUAAUAAAUUGUGAAUACCAAUAUUGCC